AUGUUUCCGACCGUCGCGACCUUCCCUUCGGUUCAGCCGCACCACCUUCACCACUAUCCCGCACACGAUGCCAUACAUCAGCCUUCCUACGACGUGAACGACCCCGCUUACUACUCUCAUAAUGACCCUUCUAUACCCAAUUUUAAUCCCAUAUCUCGCUCGCGCCUGCAACUGCCGCAUCCCGUCCAACGCCUCGACCCCCGCGAUACCACAGGCUCGAAUUCGAACGCAAACGCCGCCGGAGAACAUGCGCUGAGGAGGAAGACCCCAAAUGGGACUCUCGCUGCUGGCUAUGACGGUACCCCUGGGGACACCACUAUUCAGCCAGCGACGAAGCAUAUCCUGGUUUCGCCGCUCGAGUCCGGGCAGUUUCUUCACGCGCAGACGGCCCUGCCGGACAACUGGCAGCCAUAUUCCCUCGACCAGGCCGCGUCGAAGCACAUGAACUUCCCACCCGUUUUCAAAAACGAGGCCGGAAACCCGAUUGCCGCAGGUGAGGUGAUCCAGGAUGUGAACGGCACCAGCUGGGUUCGUCCUGUCAACUAUCCCCCGGGGAUCGACUCGGUGCUUAAUCAAAGCUUGCCCCUCUAUGGAGGUCAGCGUUUUCUUCUGCAUAAUGGGGCCUAUAUUCCGACCGUUCUCCCUGCGACUUUGCAGCAGUGUGUUGGGCCGACGGCGUCUGCUGGCUCUGGCCCAUUUGGUCCAUACUGGCCAGACGGUGCUUACAUUCCCUACCGCCCCGUAGCAUAUCGCGACUCGCGUUUCGGCCCACCUAGUCCAAAUGAGCAGCCUCAGCCUCUCUUCGAUAUCAACCAUCAGGCCUUCAACCAGCCACAGAUUCCGCUGAACAGUCGCGCGGACUCGGGACUUGCGUGGGGGCAAAAUGCACCUGGGAUUCCUCCCCAGGAUCCUCUCAUGAAAGCAUUUCCUCCACGACACUCGGAGCAUCUACCCUUCCAUAUCCGUGCCAACCGAUCCGUCUCAUCCUACCCGAAUCCUCUCAACAAUGAACCUAUGCCCUGGACUGCUCGCCCUUCAACCCACGGAUUCCAACCCCCGGGACCAGCGGUAGCUGCAAACACGGAGUUCAAAGAAAAGAUUAUGUCUUGGGCGCAUAGUGUCUAUGUUGAUCUUCUCGCGACGAUUCACCAGGCUCGCCGAAACAGCCUAUCGAACGGAGGUGCGGAUGGUCAGAAUCCUCGUUUCCUAAAACCGGCCAUCUACCCCAAGCCUCCGCGUCAACCAGGCCUCGAUUUCUCACAAAGCACCAGUCCCGAACUCCACCGUCACAAUAGCUACCCAUCCAGUCAAUUUGAUGUACAAAGGCAGAAAUUGGGUCUUUUGGCGAACUCACGGAUGGCGGAUCCCUCAGUGAUCAUUCAGGGUCGACGUCCAUCAUUGAACCAAUUUUCUCAAGCCCAUCGUGGAUCAGACUCACAGAUGCGUGAUGUUGGGCGCUUUCCAGGCGCAUCCGGUCCUCGAUUCUCCAACAGUCUUUUCAACGACGGGUCUCCAGUUAACAAUGCAGCAUCCGCUUUGGAAAUGUUAUCUCAUUUAUGUAUGGAAAGCCAUUGGGAGUGGACGGAUGGUAUUCUGCUUGGUGGCUGCCUGGCUUAUGGCUUGGGUGAUUACAACAAAGCCAUGCGUUGGUAUUCUCGCAUUAUCGCACGCGAUUCAACACAUGUAGAGGCCAUCUCUAACCUUGCUGCUACGCUGCUAGCCCUGGAUCGGCGAGAGGAAGCCUUGCAAAAUUGGCUUCGUGCCGUGAAGCUACGCCCGAGUUUCUUCGAAGCUGUAGAGCACUUGAUAGGUCUUUUGUGCAGCAGCCACCGUGGCAAAGAAGCCGUCAACAUAAUUGACUUUGUCCAGUCUUCUCUUCGUCAUCCAAAGGAUGGAGAUUGUUUCAAAACGGACGAGCAUGCUAGUGAACCCGAGAGCGAUGCCGAGAGCAACGUUUCUGAUGCCUGCAUGUAUGAUAAGGCAUCCUUCGAUUAUGAUGACGAUAUGGGACGUGUCCCGACCUUGAAUUUGGGCUCGCCAGGUGCCACGCCUGUCGGCUUUGCCACGAGUGGAUAUGCCAUCCCAGGCUCGGAUAAUGGGAGAAUGCUCGCUCUGACCCACGCCAAGGGAAAUAUGCUCUAUGCUCUUGGCGACAACGCUGGUGCUGCGACCGCGUUUGAAGAUGCCGUCUUGAUUGCCGCUGGAAGAAGGCGACACGGUGUUCAGAGUCUCAUCAAACAGAUCUUUGCCGCCUUCUCUCCCGGGUCGAGUAACGGCUAUCAACAGCCAGAGUCAGAUUCAGGCGAGAGCGUGCUUCUGUACCCGGAUAGAGCUUUGCAGACUGCCAAGCUCGUGUUCCGGGCAAGCAAUGGUACGCCGCCUGGUCUCGGGUACGUCGCCGAGGGCAUCUCCAGAAAUGCUGCCAUCUCAACUACUAGCAACUCUCUGCUUUCCCUUGCCAAGAUUUAUCAGGAUGGGAUGUCGACUGUCUCGUCCAGUGCGCCGAGAUCUGCACCUGGCGUCCGGGAUAUACUCGCCCUCUACUACCUCUCGCUCUCCCUGCAGCCGAGUCCCUCCACUGCUAACAACGUUGGUAUCCUGCUCGCUGGGAUCCAGAAUAAUCCACCGGCUCGAGGACUGAUUCGUCCCAAUGGCGAGAGCCAACAUCCCGAGAUUCCUGGCGUCAUACCUGGAAGUGGCAUUUCCCUUGCACUGGCAUACUACAACUAUGGUUUGCAUCUCGACUCUCGCCAUGCCCACCUUUACACUAAUCUGGGCAGUUUGCUCAAGGACAUUGGACAGCUUCAGGCUGCCAUUAAGAUGUACGAGCAAGCUGUCCAGUGCGAUGGCAAAUUUGAUAUCGCUCUCGCCAACCUUGCCAAUGCUGUUAAGGAUGCCGGGCGGGUGAAUGAUGCGAUUUCUUACUACAAGCGCGCUGUCAAGGUGAACCCUGAAUUCGCAGAAGCCGUGUGUGGGCUGGCCAAUGCGCUCAACUCAGUUUGCAAUUGGGUCGGUCGUGGUGGUAUUGUCCACGGACAGGGCUUCCAUGAUAGAUGGCAUGUGGAUGACAAGGGAAUGCUGCGAGACGCUCAGAGUCACGAUACUGGUGCCGGCUGGAUCAAGCGAGUUGUCGAUAUUGUCGAUCGACAACUUCGUGAAGGCGAGUACUGGGGUCGUGGACUGCUGACACCAAGCACAGCUGAGCAAUUGUGUGCUCAGCUGGCCACGGCAUUGGACUCUGGCCGCUUUGCUUCUAGUCGGCAGUCGUCCUUGGUCGAGGUUCUCCAGUCGUGGGCAGGGCAGAAAUGGGAAGGAUCGCGCGUUGUCCGACUUAUUGAGCGUGCAAUCCGAUCUAUCACAUGGCAAUGGUACCAGGACCGCUAUGUCUAUGGCAAGGACUAUCCUGCUUCCAAAUACCGUCGGCCGCAGCUUCCAGCAUCGCUCACUGCGCCUAACGCGCCAACGGUCCUGCCUUUCCACACUUUCACCUGUCCGCUAUCUGCAAAACAGAUUCGACAAAUUUCACAGCGUAAUGGUCUCAGGAUCUCAUCAUCAACCCUACGGCUGCCAUGGCUCCCGAGCACAGUGUACCGGCCCCCGUCGCCGCCAAAACCUUACCUCAAAGUUGGUUAUGUUUCGUCGGACUUCAACAAUCAUCCUCUGGCGCAUUUGAUGCAAUCGGUGUUUGGAUUGCACAAUAUAAAGAAAGUGAAGGCAUAUUGCUAUGCUACUACAGCCAGUGACAAGUCUGUUCACCGCCAGCAGAUUGAGAAAGAAGCUCCCGUUUUUCACGAUGCGAGUGGAUGGUCGGUUGACCGGUUGGUCCGGCAGAUUGUUGACGACGGAAUUCACAUCCUAAUCAACUUGAACGGAUACACUCGAGGAGCUCGGAACGACGUAUUUGCCGCCCGGCCUGCGCCCAUCCACAUGUCGUUCAUGGGAUUUGCCGGCACUCUUGGUGCCGAGUGGUGCGACUACAUCCUUGCUGAUCAAAUAUCGAUCCCGCCUGAGACUUUGAGCCCCAGUCAACGGACCACGCGCAUCGAGGAUCGUAUUCUUGAGAAGGAUAACGGCGAAGACCUCGAUGACUGGGUUUAUGGCGAGAAGAUCGUCUAUACUCGUGAUACCUUCUUCUGCUGUGAUCACCGACAGAGUGCACCGGAUGCAGGAGAACGAAUACUCUCAUGGGAUGAGGAGCAGACCCGGCGCUGGAAGAUGCGGAAAGAGCUGUUCCCUAAGCUCAGCGAUGAUACCAUCAUUCUCGGCAAUUUCAAUCAGCUGUAUAAGAUUGAACCCACGACGUUUAGAACGUGGUUGCGCAUUUUGGCACGCAUCCCCAAUGCCGUUCUUUGGCUGCUCCGGUUCCCAGAAACUGGCGAGCAGAAUCUUCGAGAUAUUGCCAAGGCUUGGGCCGGCGACGAAACGGCCUCAAGGAUUAUCUUCACCGAUGUAGCACCAAAGAACACGCAUAUUGCGCGAGCGAAAAUUUUGGAUCUAUUCCUCGAUACACCCGAGUGCAAUGCACACACGACAGCCACCGACGUUCUUUGGAGUGGAACGCCGUUGCUGACCCUCCCACGAUACAAAUAUAAGAUGUGUUCACGCAUGGCGAGCAGCAUUCUUAGCAGCGCGCUCCCCAAAACCGAAGCCGGGCAGCAAGCGCGCGAGGAGCUGAUUGCUUCGUCGGACGACGACUACGAGACUAAGGCGAUUCGACUCUGCAUUGAUUUACAGUACAUACCGGGCGGCGAGGGCCGAUCGCACGGCCGUCUGGCAGACAUGCGACAGAUGCUGUUUAUGCAGCGACAUAACAAUAAGUUGUUCGACACGGCGCGCUGGGUGCGUGACCUAGAAGACGCCUACGAAGCGGUGUGGGCGCAAUGGGUGAAGGGCGAAGAAGGCGAUAUCUGGUUAUGA